UGUCGAUAGGCAAUCAGAGGGAGGAUUAGAUUACCUGUGUCGUACCUGAAGCAAGCAUGAAACUAGAAAAGUGUUUUGCCAUUCCGAAAUGGUUUCAAAUUUCGUACGAGGACAAACGCAUCCUAGCCUACAUCCUGGGUGGUUUGACGCUACUGUUUGGGACAGCACUGUAUGGACUGCUAGCGUCGCAUAAGCUCGGAAUGUUUGAUGACGGGAGCUGUCCUUCGUUUUCCUACGUUUACAACCUGGAACUUCCUCUGCUAGCUGUGGUUCUAAUAGUAUACUACAUAGCGACGUUUGUGUUUAUCUGGGGUAUUUGGAAGGAAAAAUCAAAAUACAUUCUGCCAUUUUUCUGUCUGCUAGUGGCUACCAUGGGAUUCAUCGGUCAUGCCCACAUAGAGCGAAUGUUGUUUGAAGUCGACAAGGAUGAGCGACGGUUCGUUAUUAUGGCAUUCGCUUUUUCAACAGGAAUUUUAGUAUUCGCAAGCGCAAUCACUUUGUUGCUUUAUCGGGAGAUGAACAUAAACAGCGAGCGCCAGGCAAAGGUCGAAUACAUGGAGCUCUUCGUUACUGGAUGAAAAAACAAUGGUGGAAAAGUUUCCGUUGGGAGCUGUGUUUUUAAGAAUGUAACAAGUUUGCAACAGCAGUGCAGUGUAAACUGCAGCAUAUUGCCCUUUUUAGUAUAGCGUAAUAAUUAAAAACAAAUACCAGUAUUCUGAUUUUAAGAAAGUACAUAACAUGUAUUUUAUGUCUGAUCAAAAAGAUAACAUUUGUGUUGUUAUGGAGACAUUGCACAAAAUUCCACAGAAAAUAUCCGAUUUCUGAACUUUCCAGAAUCGAAAAAAAUACUCACCCACUUAUUCACUGCAUCGUAAUAAAAAAACUACAAGGUAUACAGCCCUGGGGGUUGUACGAAAGGGUGAUGUAAGACUAUAUCACAUUAUCAGAUCAAAGACUAAUGUAAACUGCAUUACUGGCUAUGUAUGUUUAUAAGAAUCUGUGAGUGCCAUUGUUUAAGUGAAUGUUUAAAAGAGAAGAGCUAAAUAUUCAGAUUCAAUUCUUCAUUUAAUGCAAUGGUGGCUUUGAAAAUACGCGGAACCCCCGAUAAGUAC